AUGUAUUCCUAUAUGCAGAGAAAUAUUAAUAAAAUAAAUAAUGUCAAGAAUAUUUUACUAAAAAAGGAAUGGAGGAUAAAUUCUCAUAUGGUUAAUGACACCAUCGAAAGGAAUGAAAUGUGUUUAUGUAAUAAUGAUAAUUCAUUUAUUCUUUUUAAACAAUCUUUUAUAAAUAUAUUUAAUAAAAAACAAAUUAUUUAUGAAAUGCGACGUGAUAGAGGAGGUACUGUAAGAAGAAAGUUGAGUAGAGAAAAAAAAAAAACACAAAAGAAACAAAAAAAAGAUAGUAC